GGGAGGGGGGCAGAGUGGAACACUGCUGCGAUGGAUUCCUGGGAAAAGUGCCUCUGUGCUGCUCAAAAGACAUGUACCAGAUACAGGCUGCAACUAACAUCUUGGCUGAGGCGCAGAAGAUUCUAGAAGACUCGCAGACGCUGAUGACGUGCCAGAAUAACGACCAGUGUCCAGAUGUAGCGUCCACAAUUACCCAAGCAUUCGACGAAUUCAUCGUUAAAGGCGACUACUGUUGUCCCAUCAUCAGUUCCUGCUGUGAGUUCAACGACUAUUUCUUCGCCAACCUGGAGGCUCUCUCUUACUCCUUCGGGGGACCAGUCAUCUUCGGUUUCAUCGUAGCCGCACUUCUACUCACCAUUGUGCUCAUGUGCUGUUGCUGUUGUUGCUGUUGCUGCUGCAGGAAAUCGACAGCAGGAGUCGGCUUCUCAUCCGCGUGACCACUUCCGCGUGAACACUUCGGCUUCUCAUCCGCGUGACCACUUCCGCGUGAACACUUUGGCUUCUCAUCCGCGUGAAAACUUCAAAAAGCAUUUGACGACAAAAUGCCAAUAUUCUUGAGUUUCUUCUUUGCAAAGACUACCUAUUUUUCAGAGUGUAUAAAAAAAACUAUUGAUUUUUGUUGUAACACGCGUCGGGUUUACGAGCACCGACAGGACGUGAUGGCGCGGUCAUAUAAAUUUGCAGUUUGCAAGCAACUGAAGAUAACCAUCUAUGAGCGCUUUGCAUUAAAUAUUAUUAUUGGCUAGUUACCGUUAGUGUUUUUGAGUUUGUUAAUGUGUUUUUUUAUUUUACUGACUUGCUCAGUUAGCAGAUGAGUGUAUUUUGACAUCGAUUUCCAAUUUUGU